AUGGGCUGCUGCCAGAGCCAUCCCCGCGCUGAUGUCGAGGUGCAGCCCAAGUGUCCCGUUAUCGAGAGGCUGCCCUCUCUCGUGAACCUACAGAGUCACCACAAGACGAACCACCCAUCGGGAUUGAAGGUGCAUGCGCACAGCGCCGGGUGGCAGGCUAACGCCGCCUAUGGCGACUACCACGCGGUGCACACCACCGACGACUACAUGUUCGCGGCGCUGUUCGACGCUCACACGGCCACGGAGGCCGCCGCCUUCUGCAAGGCGCACUGCGUGGAAGUGUUUCAGCAGUGCCUGCGGAACGGUGGCGGGGACGUUCGGGGUGUCCUGAAGGAGACAUUCAAGGAGCUGGACGCGCGGUUCUUUAAGUCCCAGGCGUCGCCGGUGAUGAAGGCAGCUUGUGGAGCAAGCGGUGUUGCUGUGUAUGUGGAGUUUUCAAGGCACAGAUGCUACGUUGCCAACUUGGGGACAUCUCAGUGUGUGGUUGGAUGGGCAACAGGUGGCUUCAAUUCGAAGAACUGCGAUGGGCGGCUGCUGACACGCGAUCACAGUGCGAGGGACCCAGUUCAGCAGCAGCUACUUAGGGAAGAAUUUCCAAGUGACCCAAACAUCAUUCACUAUUACGAUGGCAAGCCAAUGCUGAAGGGUGUCACAAAAUUGACACGUUGUAUUGGAUAUGGACUGGGCAAAGACUCAACACUGGCAGGGCAUUACAAUAGGGUGGGAGUCCGCAAGGUGUCACCACUGCCAAGGAGAGGAAAACCAUACAUCUCUAAUGAAGCUGAUGUGGCCGUUCAUGCCUUGUCACCUCAAGAUGAACACAUUCUGCUGGUCUCAGAGGGCGUUCUACAGCUUCUGAGCCCAACAGACACCUCUCUGUUCUGCAGCCAGUUUAGCCAUGCAAACCUGGGCAUGCUGCAGAGGUCCUUGUCUGCACAGAUCGCCUCUACAUCGUCAACGGUGCAGGAGACAGGAUCUUCCCAAAGCCCAGCUGCCGCGCUGGUGCGAUACGCUAUGGUGAAGGCUGCAGAUAAUUGGCGAAGGAAAUUGAAUCGGACAGCAUCACUGAGCAUUGAGGACAUUCGUAAACUGCAGCUUUCUGGUGUCCAGCCGAAGUCCACAAGUGCCACAAGCAUCCUCAGGGGCGAUGUGCAUGACAACAUUGGCGUGCUGGCCAUCACAUUCGACUGGCCGCGGUCAAGGUCUGGUGGGGCCCUUGCAUUGGGUAGAGGGGGAAUGCAAAAGCAUGUUGCAUACCGGUGGCAGUUGGCACUGCUAUUCUGCCGGUUUAUGAUUGUUCGCAGGAGAACCCUUUUGAAGAAAUGGUGGAAGGCAGUAGAUGUGUCCAUGCGCAAAGCCAGGGAAGCCGCUCGGCAUGCUGAGGUGCGUGCCUGGGUUGACCAGGGAGAGGCCCUCCAACUGGCUCCAGCAACAGUAGGGACGUCCAAAAUACCCAGGGUGCCGUCCGAGGCGUCCGAUCACCCAAGCAGAUCUGGAUCUCGCAGCAGGUCUCCCUCGGGCAUCCCAUCGCCUCCCAACAGUAUCUUGACAUCACCAUCACAGAAACCUUUCAGUCCCACUGGGAAUGUGGACGAGGGCCACCCUGAGUCGCCGCCCUCCAGACUGACACAGGACGAGCUGCCGAUGUUGCUGAUGCAAGCCACUAUGCGGAGCUCAACUCCAACAUCACAUUCUCCCAAGAGGGUAGUGGGCUCACGCAGUAGCUCCAGAGUGCCUUUCACAUUGGUGAACGCAACAUAG